GCCUUUUAGCGCACUUUCUAGGCCUUGAUCAGAGCCCGCCGACUAUCCACUACUAAAGAGAGCUGCUACUUUUUUUUAAGAUCGGACCAACCUGACGAGGGAUUGCGGAGCAUUGUUAUCCUUGGAAGAGACUCCUAAAAUGCCUCAACGGCCAUCCUAUUAUCUCCUUGACUCUUCAAAUCAUAUUUCUUUAUUCACCAUGACAGCUGUUUCUGCCGACAUUCCUCUUAUCGACAUUAACGCCUCUGACCAGGCGACAGUGGCGAGGCAGCUCGUAGAAGGCGCCGAAAAGCAUGGAUUCAUUUACAUUCGUAAUCUUGGAAAAGAUAUACCGGUGGGACAGAUUAACAGGACAUUUGAAAUUUCGGCAAAGCUAUUUGGUGCUUCUAUAGAGGAAAAGACGACAUGUACCAUCCAGGCAAAUAACAGAGGAUGGUCAGGCAUGCAUUCAGAAACCUUGGACCCAAGUAAUCAAAAGGUAUGUAAAACAAAUACUACGAGGAACUAUCUAAUGCUGACUUAUAUCUGUCAGCGGGGGGACUUUAAAGAGGCAUUUAACUUUGGCGAAUUUAUUAACGGAAAAGCUGAUCAGCCUCUGCCCCCAACAAUUCAACCAGACGAGGACGACCUGUACACCUUUAGAGAGUCCUGCCAGGCGCUUUGCAUGAAGCUUCUUGGCCUGCUUGGACAGGGUCUGCAGAUUGGAGAGUUCUUUUCCAAAGCCCAUGUUACUACACCUGGAGGCUCGGCCACCAUUCUGCGCCUGCUACGAUAUCCUGCACCAGACUCAACCUCACACUCCACUGACGAUGUGCGAGCUGGUGCACACUCCGACUACGGCUCCAUAACAUUGCUCUUCCGCUUGAAGGGCCAAGCUGGACUCGAGAUUCAAAAACAGGACAACACUUGGGCACCAGUGCCUGUAAACCCUCCAGGCACAGAGAACGACCCGAGCCCGCCUAUUCUUAUUAAUAUUGGCGACUUGCUUUCGUACUGGACAAAUGGGCUCUUCCGAAGCACCGUGCAUCGUGUCGUGUUUGCCAACGAGGCUGGACAAACCAUUGCAGGGGAAGUAAACACCGGACCCCGUUACUCUAUUGCAUUUUUCUGCCAUCCCGCAGGCUCUACUCAGCUUGAGGCUGUCCCGAGUGAGAGAGUUGCCAACUUUGCGCCAACAGGUGUCGUUGACAAUCCUCACGCGGUCAAAUCGGUGAUGACGGCAGACGAGCAUUUGCAAAUGCGACUUAGAGCAUCGUAUGGCAUUCUACCAGAUGAUAAGAAGAAAUAAGAGACUGCGCAAAGCUUUUCAAACUACACCUGUAUUCUGUUAUAUGUGUUUGGUGAUGCCGAUGAGUUCGCGGUCGCGCGCCAAUGCCUCACACUGUUACUACAAUUUUGCUACCAAAACAAACCAUGAUAAGCGUGAUAGCCAAAAUGGGAACCACCAGAUGUUCUUUUGUAGCUUCGAAAGGGG